AGGUCGGCCAUUUCGACGCAGCGACGCCGCAGUCCCGCCCCGCCAUGAGUGAACAAGCUGUCUCCUUCGCCAAGGACUUCCUGGCCGGCGGCAUAGCCGCCGCCAUUUCCAAGACUGCUGUCGCGCCCAUCGAGAGAGUGAAGCUGCUGUUGCAGGUACAGCAUGCCAGCAAGCAGAUCACAGCAGAUAAGCAUUACAAGGGCAUUGUGGAUUGUGUGGUCCGCAUCCCCAAGGAGCAAGGGUUCCUGUCCUUCUGGAGAGGGAACCUGGCCAAUGUCAUCAGGUACUUCCCCACCCAGGCCCUCAACUUUGCCUUCAAGGAUAAGUACAAGAAGAUCUUCCUGGAUGGUGUAGACAAGCGCACCCAAUUCUGGAGGUACUUCGCCGGCAACCUGGCCUCCGGUGGGGCGGCUGGUGCCACCUCCCUGUGUUUCGUGUACCCACUCGACUUCGCCCGAACCCGCCUGGCAGCUGAUGUGGGCAAGGCUGGUGCAGAGAGGGAGUUCAGUGGUCUGGGCAACUGCCUGGUGAAGAUUUCCAGGUCUGAUGGCCUGAAGGGUCUGUACCAGGGCUUCAAUGUCUCUGUCCAGGGCAUCAUCAUCUACAGAGCCGCUUACUUUGGCAUCUAUGACACGGCUAAAGGUAUGCUGCCAGAUCCCAAGAACACCCACAUUUUCGUCAGCUGGAUGAUCGCUCAGACCGUCACCGCCGUGGCCGGCCUGGCCUCGUACCCCUUCGACACUGUCCGUCGGCGCAUGAUGAUGCAGUCUGGCCGUAAAGGAGCCGACAUCAUGUACAAGGGCACCAUGGACUGUUGGCGGAAGAUAGCCCGCGAUGAGGGCAGCCGGGCUUUCUUCAAGGGGGCCUGGUCCAACGUCCUGAGAGGCAUGGGCGGCGCCUUCGUGCUGGUCCUGUAUGAUGAGCUGAAGAAGGUCAUCUAAGCUGUCCACUAUCAUUAAUGUUGCGACUGUAACAUAUAUCUGUACAUUCACACGGACUGUCAGGCUCCACCUUAUUUAUAGGGACCAGCUAGUAUUCCUGUACGGGGUGGGGGCACCUGGUCUCUCUCCCCGUUGUCACUGUCAUUCCCCCAGCCAGUCAGGUUCUGAAGCGUUACCCGUCAUGCAGUCAGCUUGUUUUUAACCUUCACUUAAAUAAAUAACCUGCUGGAUGAACCAAACGA